AAAAAAAUGAUCCCGAAGAUUCACAAUCAUAUUAAUCUCAGACUUGAAGCGGCAGGGAAAACAAACUCUGCGACUCUUACCAAAUCCUGCUCUUGAUUAUUGGUUGGGAACUUGAGCAGUUACAAUGGAGUAUGAUGGAUUGCGCAAGCUGUCGUCGGCUCUCCCGGGACAUUCCCUGCCUGGCCCGACCCGACCAUCCUCCCACUUUUUCGGGCUUUGUAUUGAUCUCGGACUCUGUUCCGCAAACGAUGAGCUGCCAAAGCUAGAUCUGGACCUCGCCUCAAUACACGUGGACGUAGAGCCUGCCCGCGGUACCCUCAACUGCGUUCAGCACACCUCCGAUCCAACGGUCCUCUUGGAUUCAUCGGCCCAAACUUACCCUCUAAAGCAAGAAUCUCGAGGCUUCAAUGCUCCAUCUGUUGCCAAGCAUCUCUUGAACCAAAAUGACAACCCCAGCCUCAGGUGGAAUGUUGCCAUCAAUAUCCCGGAAGAGGCGAGGGAGUCUCGAUCCUCGCGGAAAGAGUCUUGGGGUUUUCGGAGGCUUGGGUUUUGGAGGGGAGAUUCAGCCGGAUCAGGUUCGGUGCUCGGGAAAGCACGAGAAGACGAGUGCUUGGUGGAGAUGACCGAGUCGGCCCCACUAUUGUCUGCCCAUCAUCCUGGCCCUGGGGAGAGCUCUUCCCCAAACACGGGAAACUCACUGACCUUUGUUGAGGACGGGAAACACGAGAGAAUCCUGGCACAGACGGCGUCCACAGCUUCAGUGGAAAGAAGUCCUCAUCCUCAUGGAUCGCCAUCAUCUUCUGACCAUCCAGAUCAAAGCAUAUGCGAAAAAAUUGCAAGUCUCCCACCAUGGCAAAAAGGGACCAUCUAUGGCUUCCUGGCUUUCUACACCACAUAUCUCGUGCUUUUUUACAGCUAUAUUGGCUACUUCUGGGGGUUUCGCUUGCCCUAGCUUCUCCAUGCCUUCAUCUGUCUACAUACUCCUUUUCUCUAUCCACACACUCACACUCUGUCUACAUGUUCACAUGACAAAAUACCCCCCCCCCCCCC